CAUCCGGAUUUUUCACAUUUUAAGUGAUAUACGUAACACCACACCUGUAUUCUUAGCACCUUAAAACGAAUAAAAGCCUGAUUAUUGGUUGGAGUAAAUCAUAUUGUUCUAACCUGACACAUCACAGAGAUGAAGCUGUUCGUACUUCUGUUGACAUUCACCUGCGUUGCCUGGCAACAGACUGACGCUAUCAGGUGGGGAGGACGAUGGAUUCCACGUCCAGGUCCCAUUGGCAUGCUACCACGCCCAGGUCCCAUUGGCAUGCUACCACGCCCACGCCCACGCCCAGGUCCCAUUGGCAUGCUACCACGCCCAGGUCCCAUUGGAAUCAGGUUCAAAAGAGCAGACAGAGAUCUUGGGACUGAACUCGACACAGAUCAGGACGGAUAUCUGGACGAGACAGAGUUAGAAAACCAUCUCAGUGAGCGAGACAUUAUCGACUUCAUAGCGGCUUUAGAUGAAAACGGUGAUGACCUCCUCUCUGUUGAUGAACUUAAUGACAAGCAGUGAUCAGUUAAUCGGAUUGUGCCAUUGUUUAACAGAUGAAGUAGACAUUCCAAAACUAUCAGCAGUGUAGAAUAAAUCAUAUGUGAACAAAA